GGGGGCCACCCCCCGCUGCCCUCCAUCACCUACGGCAGCUCAGGGAAGGUGCUGAGCCCCCAGGCAGUGAGUGAAGCCCACAACCUCUUUGACACCCUCCUGGCCUCCGCCCGCGCUUUUCGGGGGGCUGAGCAGCUGCCAGCACUCAGCGUGGGACAGUAUCUGGAGUGUUGCAUCAGCGGGACCCACAGCAUGGACCUGGUGGCCCUGGAGCCAUUUGGGGAGUACAUCUCCCUGCCUGGCCUGGACUGCACCUUCCCAGGUGGCUACAGCAGCUUGCCCGAUUGCAUGCUCUUGGCUCUGCCGGAGGGCACGGUCCUGCUCAACAAGGCAGUGAGGACCAUCCGGUGGAGAGGGUCAUUCCAUGAGGAUGGGGACGAGGCCAGGGAUUUCCCCGCCAGGGAUUUCCCCGUCCGGGUGGAGUGCGAGGAUGGAGAUGCCUUCCUUGCCGACCACGUCAUUGUCACCGUCCCGCUGGGUUUCCUCAAGGAACACCACCAGGACUUCUUCCAGCCUCCCCUGCCUGACCAGAAAGUGGAGGCCAUUCACCGCCUGGGUUUCGGCACCAACAACAAGAUCUUCCUGGAGUUCGAGCAGCCUUUCUGGGAACCCCAGCAGCAGCUCCUUGAAGUGGUUUGGGAAAAUGAGUCACCCCUUGAGGAGCCCAGCACUGACCUGGAGGCCAACUGGUUCAAGAAGCUCAUUGGAUUUGUGGUCCUCCAACCACCGGAGCAGCACGGGCACGUCCUCUGUGGCUUCAUUGCAGGGAAGGAGUCGGAGUACAUGGAGACGCUGAGCGACACAGAGGUUCUCGGCACCAUGACACACGUCCUCCGCACGCUGACAGGGAAUCCCUGCCUGCCCGCUCCCAGGAGCAUGCUCAGGUCCCGGUGGCACAGCGCUCCCUACACCCGGGGCUCCUACACCUACGUAGCCGUUGGCAGCUCAGGGGAUGACAUUGAUGUGCUGGCUCAGCCCCUGCCCGAGGACCCCGAGGACCCCAGGCCUCUGCAGCUCCUCUUUGCCGGCGAGGCCACCCAUCGCACCUUCUACUCCACCACCCAUGGGGCCCUGCUGUCAGGCUGGCGAGAGGCCGAGCGGCUCAACCACCUCUUCGAGGUGUCCAGCCCCGCUCCUCAGCUCUGA